AUGAACAGACGAUUAUUUACUCUGACGAAAUGUUUUGUGCAUUUCUUGCAUUUCUCAUUCCUUCUCUCGGAGCGUUGCUCUUCGGUAUCUUGUCGUAAACUUUCUUCCAUUCGCAUUCUCAUAUUUUCUUGCUUUGGGCAUAUCUAUCACUCUGCCUAUCUAUCUAUCUAUCUAUCUAUCUAUCUAUCUAUCGCUUUGGCCAUAACUCUCAUUCUGCCUAUCUAUCUAUCUAUCUAUCUAUCUAUCUAUCUAUCUAUCUAUCUAUCUAUUCCAUUUAUCUCUCUCACUAUUUCAGUUUGUCCAUAUCUAUCUGAUGUGGGUCCAAAGGGGAUCCAUAGGCGGGAAGUUCGAAAAAUAUGCCAGUAUUUUAAUAUCUAUCUAUCUAUCUAUCUAUCUAUCUAUCUAUCUAUCUAUCUCAGGCUGUUCAUAUCUAUCAGAUAUGAUAUCAUCAUCUCUGCGAUACUUGUACAUAUCUGCAGAUAUGACGCCACCGUCGUAUCUAUUAAUCUAUUGCACUUCCUUCAUAUCUAUCUAUGUAUCUAUCUAUCUAUCUAUCUAUCUAUCUAUCUAUUUAUCUAUCUAUCUAUCUAUCUGCCUGUCAGCGUGUUCAGUAUCUAUCUAUCUAUCUAUCUAUCUAUCUAUCUAUCUAUCUAUCUAUCUCAGUUUGUUCAUAUAUGCUUAUCUAUUUCCGUGUGA